AUGGACGAAUCAAGGAUUGAGUUUUAUAUGGAAGCUUCAAAGUCAGCAGUAAACAUGAUAUCCAAGGAGUCCACUCACCCAAUGAAGAUAAAACCUUUAACCAUUUUCUAUGAACCAAGAGGAGAGUUUAUGGAGGAUAGAACCCAUGCCAAGAUGAUCAUCGAAGUCCCUAAACCCUUCCCCUACAAAGACGACAAAGCGGUCCCAUGGAACUACAACUGCAGUGUACAAGUUUCAAAAACGGAGAAAUGGAUAGUUGAAUCUCAAGAUGAUGCUGCAAAUAUAACUGGUGUUGGAGGGAUUACCCGCAGCGGACGUUGCUAUUCACCAGAAGCAUUGGAGAAUCUCAAGAAUGAGAAGGGAAAGGAAAAAGAGCAAAGUUCGAGAAAAGAAAAGGUGCAACCUCCGAAAUCGACAGAUGACUCAAAAGGACUAGUGACUAAAAAAGAAGCUGCCGAGUUCCUCAAGUUCAUCAAACAUAGUGAGUACAAUGUGGUUGAGCAAUUGAACAGGUUGCCUGCUCGUAUUUCACUACUAUCUUUGCUCCUCAGCUCGGAACCACAUAGGAACUCUUUGAUGAGGAUUCUGAACCAAGCAUAUGUGGAUCACGAUAUCUCAGUUGAAAAUUUGGACUACAUCGUUGGGAACAUUUCGGUGGGUAACAUAAUAUCCUUUAGCGAUGAAGAAAUUCCUUCUAGAGGUAGAGGAAAUUACAAAGCCUUGCAUAUCACUACCAAGUGUAAAGGUUGUACCAUUGCAAAGGUACUGCUUGACAACGGAUCGUCCUUAAAUGUAAUGCCCAUGAGGACCUUGGCCCGUUUACCCAUCAACAUGUCCUACAUGCGAAAGAGUCAGAUGAUCGUGAGAGCCUUCGACAGAACAAUGAGAGAAGUAGUAAGGGACAUUGAGUUACCGAUAGAAAUUGGCCCGUGUACCUUUACCAUUGAAUUCCAGGUUAUGGAUAUCGCUCAUUCAUAUAAUUAUUUGUUGGGAAGACCUUGGAUCCAUAUGGCUGGGGCCAUACCUUCAUCUCUUCAUCAGAAGGUCAAGUUCAUCGUGGAAAGGAAGAUUGUUUGUGUUAACGGGGAGGAGGACUUACUCAUAAGCAAGCUAAUAGAUACUCCUUACGUGGAAGCGGUGGAAGAAGUGCCUGAAUGUUCCUUUCGAUCCUUCAAGUUUGUUAACACCACAUAUGUUGGAGAAGGAACCACACCGCCUAUUCCAAGGCUUUCCAAAACCACCAAGAUGGCUAUCAGUCAGAUAGUAUGGAAAGGAUACCGAGCGGGGGCAAGACUGGGAAGAAAACUACAAGGCAUUAGAAGGCCCAUGCGUGCUACCAAAAAUGAAGAAAGGUUUGGCCUGGGGUAUAAGCCAACUAAGAAGGAAAGAGAAGAAAUGAUAGUCGAAAGAAAAAAGGAAAGGUUGGCUCGCUUUAAGGGGCAUGAGUUGGAAAUCCAAGGAAUGACAUAUCCUCGUCUCUACGAGACAUUCCGAUCUUGA